AUGGCGUCGCUUGAGCUGCGCUCGGGCUGGAGGAACCUGCAGGAGAAGCCUCUCGUUCGAUUUGGGUCCCGAUCUGAGGCUGGCAGAGCUAGAGGAGAAGGGCGGGGGGGGGGAGAGGAGGAGGCGGAGCAGUUGCACUUCGGGCGGGCGGCGACGCCUUCCCCGGCCGCUUCCCCGACCACUUCCCCGCGCGCGCCGUGCGCGACUUCGGUGGCGCCGGUGGUGGUGCAGCCGGUGGUGCUGCCACCGGCGAGCCGCAGGCAGCCUCGGCAGCCUUUGGCGCCGCAGACGGCGCCAAAGCUUCCGAGCAGAGAGCCCAACAUCUCGCCGGUCCAGCUGGGUGCAGAGAUCCGGGCGGCGCAGCUGAGGUCGAGGGUGCCUAGCUGGCCCAGCGUGGUUCUGGAGCCUACGGCGAAGAUGGCCUACCCCGCAGAGCCCACGACGUUCACGGCGCCCUCCGCGCCCUCCGCGGCCUCCACGGCCUCCGCGGCCUCCGCGCCCUCCGCGGCCUCAGCGGCCGUGCAAGCGGCGCAGGGCUCGCCGAGGCAGCGGGAGUGGUCCUUGCUGACUACGCCCCAGGCCCACUUCGAGCACCUGGACGUCCCGGAUGCGCAGGCCAAAGAGUGCCUGCGCCUGGCCACGGACGUGGACGCUGUGCUACGGCAGGCGGAGCACCGACUAGGCACGCGCACGCAAACGCCGCUGUGGGCGGAGCGCCGUUUGCUGAGCCCCAGCUUCCAGAGCCCCAGUGACCCAUCGCCAGCAUCUCCAAGGACACCAAGUGACGGCCGAGCACAGCCUCGCCAAAAGGCCCGCAGGAGACUUCAAGGUGAAGACUUUGAGUUGGUGGCUCUGGCCUGGUCCACCUGGACGUCGAUUCGAGGGAAGGCGGAGGAGCAGGAGGAGGCGAAGGCUGAAGCAGAGGUCCCAGCCCCAGCGGCGCCGGCUCCGGCUCCGGCGCCAGUGGCGCCGGCUGCGGCGCCAGUGGCGCCAGGGGCGCCAGGGGCGCCGGCUCCGGCGGCAGUGGCGCCAGGGGCGCCGGCUCCGGCGGCACGUGGCACCCGGGCCUUGGUGGGGCGGUUGCUGGCGCAGCAAGAGCAGCUGCUGCUGCGCGCGGCGCUCACCGCGUGGAGUGGCGCGGCGUUGCUGCGCCGGAACGCCAAGGAGUCAGAGGAGUGGCGCUGUGCGCUGGAGACUUCGGUCGGGCGCACCUGCGUGCGCUACGCCGUGCUGGCCAACGCGGGCCUGGCCUGCGUCAGGAUCUGCCAGGAGACCGCGGGGCUCGCAGCUGGGCCUUCCGCGCCUGGCGGGGGCUGCUGGAGGCGCAGCGGGAGGGCCGCCUGGCGCGGUACCGCUGGGAGGCGGAGGCGGCGAAGCGGGAGGCGGAAGAGGUGGCGAGGAGAGUCCUUUGCUUGGACAACGGGUGAGCGUGACGCCGCCUCGCAUCGUCGCCACGAACGGCUGCAAGCACGGCGCCCACGGCGCCUUCUACGCCAAGUGCGCCGCUGCCUGCGCGCUGGCAGCUUGGUGCGCGGCAUUGCGAAGCUGUGA